AUGGCUUCUCAAGUCGUUUGUGUUAUAGCAAUUCUCGCGACCGUUUCCCGGGCCUUUGUUCAUCCUGGUCUUCUACACACAGAUGCUGACUUUGAACGCAUUUCUGCGUUGGUCGUCGAUCAAUCUGAACCGUGGUAUACCGACUGGCAGCUGAUGCUUAAUAACUCUCAUUGCCAGUCAACUUAUACACCAAACCCGCAAUCUAUUGUCUACCGCGGGUACGACGGAACUCAUGCCGAGAAUUAUCAGGCCCUCUAUAACGAUGCCGCGGCCGCUUAUCAGCUAGCUCUUCGUUGGAGAAUUGGGAACGAUUCGGCAUACGGAGACGCUGCAGCUAACGUGCUGAAUGCGUGGGCCUCGACACUAACCGACAUAACCGGCACAUCGGACGCUGCUCUUGCAGUAGGAAUCUACGGCUAUCAGCUAGCAAAUGCUGCUGAAAUCCUGCGCAGUUAUAGCGGCUGGAGCUCGUCUGACCAGUCAGCCUUGGCUUCCAUGUUCGAUGAUGUUUUUGUUGCCGAGAGCCUGUACUUUCUGAAUACACACUAUGGCCAGGACGAUGUUCACUUCUUCGCCAACUGGGACAUUUGCAAUUUGGCGGCCAUGAUGGCCAUUGGAGUCUUCAACGACAAUCAGACCCUGUAUGACUAUGCACUUAAUUACGCUCUGACGGGACCAUCCACAGGCGCUUUGCCUCGUUUCGACAUAGCCAAUUUUACCGAAUCUGGAACCAAUAAACCCCUUGUUGAGGGCCAGGAGGCUGGACGUGACCAGGGCCACGCAACUCUCGACUUCGCGCUAUACGGUGUUCUCGCACAGCAGGCAUACAACCAAGGGGACGACAUAUUCGCCGCCUAUAACAACGAAAUUCUAGCGGCAUCUGAAUACUGUUCCAAGUACAACGUAGGUCAGGACGUCCCAUUCACAGCCUAUAGUUCCGAUGAGGGCAAUUUCACGGAGGUUGCGAGCGGCUCACGCUACGCGAUACGCCCAGGAUUCGAGCUCAUAUAUGCCCACUAUGCUGGAGUGAAGGGGAUGGAUGCGUCGUGGACAGGGCUCUACCGCGACAUGGUUAACGGCAAUUCGACGGACGGCGUGGAGGGUGGUGGUGGUGACUAUGGUGGCGACAGCGGCGGUUAUGACGGUUUGGGGUACGGCACACUGCUCUACCGUCUUUCGUGA